CUAGCACUGCCUUGAACAUCAAUCGUCAUAUGACCCAUUCUAUCGAGUUUGCAAAGCUUGGGCCAUAUUUGUCUGUUCGAAAGUAGUUCCGUGGAGUGAGUGUGUGCAGAUAGUCAUCACAGUUUUGGGACCUGUAAAUACUCCCACAAAACAAGUUCAAAAUGUCGGCUGAAAACCCAAUCUACGGACCCUUCUUUGGAGUUAUGGGGGCGGCGUCAGCUAUUAUCUUUAGCGCGUUGGGAGCGGCCUAUGGUACCGCUAAGUCAGGCACGGGUAUCGCAGCCAUGUCGGUGAUGCGGCCCGAGCUGAUCAUGAAGUCCAUUAUUCCCGUAGUCAUGGCGGGUAUUAUUGCCAUCUACGGGCUGGUCGUAGCAGUACUGAUAGCAGGUUCCUUGGACAAACCUGCAAUUUACCCCCUCUACAGAGGGUUCAUCCACCUUGGCGCUGGUCUUGCCGUAGGCUUCUCGGGUUUGGCAGCCGGCUUCGCCAUAGGCAUCGUGGGUGAUGCCGGCGUUCGUGGUACCGCACAACAGCCGAGGUUAUUCGUCGGCAUGAUCCUGAUCCUCAUUUUCGCCGAAGUAUUGGGUCUAUACGGGCUCAUCGUAGCCAUCUACCUGUACACGAAACAGUAAAUCUGCCGAGCACACUCCACUCUACUGUGCUCCGAGCCCCGCUAUAGUCGCACAGCCGUCGCCGGUAGCGGGCGAGGCUCGAAGCACCAACAACACUAGUGUCGCCGCCCGACUCCGCCCGGCGCUGCCUCGAUGCUGCGGUCGCGCCGGCCCCGAGUCGUGCUUGUAUAAAUAAUUUUUCUAUCUAUUUCAAAGCCCGCGAUUCGAAUUACCACCCCUCACUAUCAUGUUUCGACGCUACCGUGCGAUGACGUAAUCUUAAUUAUUAUUGUUAAUUUAUUUUUUUUGCCCGCGUUUCGGUGACGGGGCCGACUCUGUCUGUACUCCCGUUCCCGAUGUCCGACAUAUCAUGUGUUGAUUUGCGCGUCCCCCCGUCCCUCGCGAACGAUACUUCAUACCAUCUGACGAUAUCACUUUUAGAUUAUUUUAGCGUAAGGCGAAACUAAUGUACAGUUAGAGUAGAAAUUUAAGUCCAAACAAGUUAUCUUAAAUAAUUUAUGAACCGUUGAAACCCCUGGUACUAUGUACCGUUUCUCUAUUGCUGAGAAGUUAGGUCAAACCUGGCUCCAUUCUACAUGCUAAAUAGCUUUCAGUGUUAUAGCGGACGUUAUGUAUCCUAAUUGAACUGUUGGCCUGUGAAUGUUCUAAUUAUAUCUAUAAUAAUCUCUCUCAAGUGACCACUGAGCAAAAUUCGAUAGCGAGUCACUAAAAUUGUAUUGCCAGGAAAUCAGUAAAUAAACAUGAUUUGUACAUUCCAUAUUAUUUUGUUUCUACUUGAUUGUUCUGCGUGUUUUAUUUUCCUUUCGAUCUACAUUAUUAAUCAAAUAAGUAUUAAAGGUUAGGAAGGCAACUUAGGGAGGUGCUUUCAUAAUUUAUAUGACACUGUCGUAUUCAAAUUAUCUAAGAUAUACUAUAACUUCUACAUUUCUGACGACUUAUAUGUGAAAUAAUUCAAAUACAUAAUAUAUUUAUUCUGUAUACCUCAUAGUAAAAAUGAUGUUUGAAUGAUUAUAAAUUGGUAAGUAAAAUACAUCUAGGUAAAUUGUAUUUUGUUUUAGGUUUCAUGUUAGAGAAUGUUAU